CUCGUGAGCCCCGUGGUUAGCUUGAUCGUGGGCCCGGAUCAUCGCCUCUUCGUCGCGCAUGAAGAUGUACUCUCCCGGGCUACUUUCUUCGAUGCUAUGCUCCGAGAUCAGUUCAUCGAGAGCAGCUUGAAUAAAGUGGUGGCUCUGCCUGAUGAGGACCCAGAAAUCCUUUCCUGCAUCCUCGAAUUUUUCUACAAAGGCGACUACUCCCCGCGUCUUCUACCUGACAGCGAGAACGAGAGGCAGCAGAACGCCGAGGAGUUCCUCGCAACCAAGCCAGUUCACACUCAUCCCAGCAAGGACGGUAAAUCCGCUGGCCCUAACACUUCCCCCACUGCCACCUUCCAUCAUCACCGGGCAGGCCUCAUCCUCCGGGAUACGGCCAUUUACUGCGCCGCCGAGCACUACGGCCUCCCCGAGACCCUCAAGCGCCUCGCCCUGCGCAAACAGGGUCUCCGAACCGGGAUUGCGGUGGACGUGAUCCUGCGGUCCGCGCGUUUCGCGUACGAGCAUACGCCCGAGUCGGAGGAUCGGCUGCGUGCGCGGUACCUGGCGAUGAUCAUCCGGUCGCGGGCGGUCUUCAAGACCAGCGGCACGAUGCAGUUGGAGAUGGAGAGGGGCCAUCCCUUCUUUUUCGAUUUGUUUGUCGCGCUGUGUAAUCAUGUGGAUGAUCUGGAGGGGAGGGUUGUGGGGCCUGAGGCAAGCUUUGCUUGA